AUGGAUCUCGACUCUGGGGACUCCCCAUGGGGCGAUGAGCCCUCUCAAUUCAGGCCUGGCCAAGGCGCUUCCAAGCCCAGCGCUACACCCGGUGAAGCCGCACCCCCCGCGUCAGACAGUGCGCCCACUGUCCGCACGCCCGGAAGACGAGGCCCUCGAGGCACACGCAAGAUUAGCGCACAAGCCACCAAGCUCGAAUCCGUCGAUGAUUCCGUCGACCCUCUCGGUCCAUUGGGUGAAGUCCCGGCCGAGGUUGCCCCAACACCUACAGACGAGGCACCAGCGCCACCCCAGAAGGAACCUUUUACUGGAUCUGCGCAAUCGCUCUCAACUUUCCAGGCUCCCGGUGAGACAGUCGAUUCGGCCAAUGUGGACGAGGAAACUGCUGGCUUCCGCGGACCUCCGCCUGUUCAACCGCCAGUUGAAACGGAUGGACCGAAGCGCCAGACGCAGCCCAGUAUGAGUGUUGAACAGGCUGCGAAGCCCACCUUCCAAAUUUAUGUCGGCGAUCCGCACAAAGUGGGAGAUCUGACGAGCAGUCACAUUGUUUAUCAAGUUUCGACAAAGACCUCAUCCAAAGCUUAUCGCAACCCAGAAUUUACGGUCACUCGUAGAUAUCGUGACUUCCUUUGGCUUUACAACUCCCUACAUGCCAGCAACCCUGGUGUGGUUGUUGCACCUCCACCAGAGAAGCAGGCCAUGGGUCGUUUUGAUACCAACUUUGUGGAAUCAAGGAGAGCCGCUUUGGAACGGAUGCUCAACAAGAUUGCCAGCCAUCCCAUUCUUCAACAUGAUGGAGAUGUGAAAAUCUUCCUUGAAAGUGAGGCUUUUAACGUGGACGUUAAGAAUAAAGAAAACCGGGAGCCGGAUAUCGGCCAGAGCAAGGGAAUGCUCAGCUCCUUUGGUAUAUCUGUCGGCGGAGGUAGCAAGUUUGUGGAACAUGAUGAUUGGUUCCAUGACCGUAAGGUCUACUUGGAUGCUCUGGAGAACCAGCUGAAGGCUUUGAUGAAAUCGAUGGAUACUGUGGUGCUGCAACGGAAGGGACUCGCCGAUGCGGCAGGCGACUUUUCAAGUUCACUACACGCCUUGUCUGCCGUCGAGCUAUCGCCCGCCCUUUCAUCUCCACUGGAAGGGUUGUCCGAGCUACAAAUUCGCAUUCGCGAGCUCUACGACCGACAGGCGCAGCAGGAUGUCUUGACCCUGGGAAUCACGAUUGAUGAGUAUAUCCGCUUAAUUGGAAGUGUCAAGAUGGCCUUCACCCAACGACAAAAGGCCUUCCAUACCUGGCACGCAGCAGAGUCUGAUCUACAAAAGCGCAAAAACACGCAAGAUAAGCUGCUUCGUCAAGGCAAGACACAGCAAGACCGCCUGAACCAGGUUAAUGCCGAUGUUGCAGAUGCAGAGCGCAAGGUUCACCAAACACGGCUGCUGUUCGAAGACAUGGGUCGACUCAUGCGAAAUGAGCUGCAGCGGUUCGAGAAGGAGAAGGUCGAGGAUUUCAAGUCCGGUGUAGAAACAUUCCUUGAAAGUGCAGUCGAGGCCCAGAAAGAGUUGAUCGAACUUUGGGAAACAUUCCUCCUGCGCCUUGACGCCGGCGAGGAGGGACUUCCAUACUAUGUGCCUCCGUCUGAAGUGACUGAUGCACCCACAGAAUCCACCGAAGCAGGCACAGAGUCGACAUCACUACUUGCUGAGGACGCUUAA